AUGAGUGAUCCCGGCACUUCUGCACCGUCGAUCGGCAACGAUCCGAUCUACGACGACAGGCUCUGGUCGUUUUCGGCGUUUUUCCCACCGCCGUACCGCGUGCUUUUGCUCGCGUCGCUCGGCCUGUUGCUCUUCGCCAUGAACGUCUUGGUGCUUGAAUCCAAAGGAAUCGAUCUGUUUGCGCUCUUCAGAGCGGAUGCCGCCGAAAAGAGACGUCCAAUACCUUCAAGCUCGAACGGAUUCCAUCGUAGCACCACAGGCGCAAGCACUCAGUAUGGGUCGUAUCACAACGUCGCUUCCUCAAGCACCGCUUUGUCGUCCAGCGAGAACCGAGACGCGGCUAUCUUGCCGAUGCCAAAUAGGUCGUCGGAAGCAUCGGCAUCAGCAGCAGUACUGACAGCAAGGCCGCUGUUGGCGUUUGGCGCGUUGCAGCUCUUCUGGUCGUUGCUUGGCUGGGCAUCGUAUCGGUUUUACGUCGACAGUCUUAUCGGCGAUCCAAAGGGUCGACACGCACAAGCGUUGCAAGCGAUCACAGUGACGGGCGCGUUUGCAGCGCUUCUGUGGCCGGGCAACCUUUUCUUCAAACCGAUGCGCAAAGCCUUUGGUCGAUCAAUAUGCAUCAUCUUCUCGCCUUCUUUGACGCAACCGAUCACGUUUAGCGAUGUGAUACUCGCUGAUAUCCUCACUUCGUUUGCCAAAGUGCUCGGAGACGUCUGGCUGACAGCGUGCUUCCUGGUGCCGCGCAAAGAGCACCAUACCUGGUGGAAUGGCAAAGGAUCCAUCGCAGUACCUGUGCUCAUCUCGCUACCUUACGCGAUUCGAUUCCGACAGUGUCUCUCGGAGUACGUAGUGUCUCGUACGAUCGACAAUGCAAGCAAGAACAAGCGUGCGCUGUGGAAUGCAGCCAAGUAUGCAUCCGCUCUUCCUGUGAUUUGGCUGAGCGCAUGGUACGAAGCCGACAAAAACCCACGAGGUCACCAAGGAGAAUGGGUGACACGCUACAUGCUCUGGUUCUUGGCGGUAUGUGUGAAUUCGAUCUUCAGCUUUUGGUGGGACGUUACCAACGAUUGGGGAUUAUCUCUGUUGCAACCUUCUAACAUGCGCUCGAUGGCUCAAGUAGUCCAGCAUGCAGCGCACAUUCAUCGAAGACGAACGAGCUAUAUGCCGCUACCUCUGGGUGAGCAGGCCGAGACUCUGCCCAUGUCGAAUUUCCGCGCCGACGAGAAGCCCGAUUUGACGUCGAAUCUGCAUGCAUCCUCGCUUGCCGUUCCACCGAUCAACACCUCCAGUGGACCCGCGUCAAGUCAUGGUCGAACACUCUCGGCGAUGGAACGUCUGCUCCGGCCGUCUCCAUCCCUGCUCUUUCCAGGCUGGAUGUAUCAGUGUGCGAUCCUGCUCGAUCUGCUGCUCAGGUUCUUUUGGUCUUUGAAGCUGUCUUCGCACUUGCACCAUCUGGUAGAGUGGCAGGGUGGCAUGUUCAGUAUGGAGUUGCUCGAAAUUCUGCGUAGGUGGAUCUGGGUGUUUUUCAGGGUGGAAUGGGAGGUUGUUCGACGCAGGGAGAGCGCAAGGUCCAGAGCGCACGUGGCGAUGGAUUGA